UCAUGCAUUUCGGGAGUACGCCACUACUUCAGCUAGGCUGUAAUGUUUUGGUUUGCGGACUAAAGUCCCAGUCUCGGUUAAUGUGUGUAAAGUAUUUGAACUUGUCUAAAUGUGCGAGCGCUUGUGUGUUUAAUAAUGGACGCCUCGGAGCGGCACCAAUCACUUUACAAAAAGAGUUCUCCGUCAUGGAAAGAAACGUACCGCAAGCGCUGUAUGGACCGGCUGAGGAACAGUCGGUCCCGGCUGCUGGAGAGGUACCGGCACAUGGGACACGGCCAUGGGCAGCGGAGCAGCUCCGGGGCCUCCAGCAUCGUCCAGGAGGUGAUGGAGGAGGAGUGGAGCGCCCUGCGGUGUGAGGAGCAGAGCACGCAGGAGCAGAUGUUCAGCUGGGUGAAGGAGCACGACGAGCUGGAGGUGCUGGAUGAAAUCCAACAGGAGCUCAGAUCUCAAGAAAUGUCUAUCUUAGAAGAAUAUGAGAGGAACCUGCAGUUUGAGCAGCAGUACAUCUCGUCUGUUGUGGACGGGAUGGAUGACACGCACAUCAUAUGCCCCGUAUGUCAUACGAACAACUUGACCAUCAACAGUUAUUUUAUCUCCUGUCUCUGUGGACUUUACAUCAACACCAAGAAGCGGAACAUCACUCCAGACGUGCUGCAGCAGCUUCUAGAGUCCAGGGUGUCGGAACACAUGGAGGACUGUCUGCAUAAUCCAGUUUUCUCUGUAAACCCCAACCCAGAUAGUUCUUCCAACCUGCUGAUAAGUUGCCAGGUUUGUGACUACCUGUCAGUUGUCCUGUAGACGAAG